AUGACACAGAGUGCUGAUGCAUAUUUCAUUGGACGAAUUAUUGGAUCCACAGGAUUUCGUGAUGGAUCAUUCUGCAGAUAUUGGCUUGUUGCAGGUGAUCAAUGGAAACUUCUUGGUGGAUUAGAUCACGGACAAACUCAAACCGACAAUUCAGCAGAUUUAUCAGACUCUUGCAUUUGGAGUCAUCCAAUAGAUAUUCAUUACGAAUUUACAGGUAUUCAAGGUUGGCCGAAAAUUUCUUUCGAAGUUUGGGAACACGACUCUCUAGGACGCUCUUACUUGGGCGGUUAUGGCUUUGCAAAUUUACCAACAUCUCCUGGCAAUCAUGAUAUAACAGUUGACCUUUGGAGGCCAAUUGGAUCAAUUAUGGAAGAUUUAGAAGUGAACUUUGUUGGAGGUUCACCACAUCUUCGUAACCAAGGUUUAGUACAUACUCCAAAUGAUAGAUUUAGACUUAAAUCAGAAAGUUCUGGAACAGUUAAGCUCAAUAUCAGUUUAAUUUUAGGCAGAGUUAGUCAAUUCCAAGUUGCGUUUUAA